AUGUCAGUAGACGUAACCUUCGACAUCGUCACCGCCAGCAUAUGCGCGGCUCUCAUCCUCGUCCGCUGCGGCUACCGCAUCUUCUCGCGCUGCAGGGUCCACGACUCGUGCCACCGGACAUGGCACGCCGACGACGCCUACAUGGCCUUCGCCAUCGUGCCUCUCAUCGGCCGCACCACCUGCAUCGCAAUCUCCUUCGUCCUCAACCCGACACACACCUUUGGUCUACCAACACCAGAAGACGCCGCGGCGCAGGGCGUCUCCAUCGCGCAGCUUGAGGACAACUAUGUCGCCUCGCGGAAGCUGCUGAUCCCGUCACGAAUAUUCUAUGCCAUGUUGUAA